AUGUUAAAGGGACAGUUACAACUUGACCCAGGCACAGUAAUUAGGCCCCUAAAGAUAGACGAGUUGCCUCAAAAAGAAUUACACCUGCAUAGUGGGGAACACCAACAAGAGCUCCAGGAAUUCCAGCGUGUCUUCUGUCCUGAACACAAAGAAGAACCCAUUAGGUAUUUCUGUCUCAAGUGCCAGAUACCCAUUUGCCGUGACUGCAAGGUCCUCACUCAUGAUGAGCACAAGUGCACAUCCCUGGAUACUGCCAUAGAAACAGUGAAGCCUAAACUGGCGUCCAUGCUGGAGAAGUUAGUCGACAAGAUCAGCGGACAAGAAAACGAUUUAACCACCCUGCAGGGUGUGCUUAGGGACUUUGGUACCAAUACCAGCUCUGUGAUGAAGGAUAUUUCAGACCACAGUCGCCACCUUCAGCAACAGAUUCAGCAGCAGGAGAUAAAGCUUCUUCAAGAAGUUCAGCAAGUCAGCGAGGCUCAUAAGAAAAACAUCACCUUGUACAUGGAGAGCAGUGAGGUAACCACGUCAACCAUGAAGAGCACCUCAGAUCUAGUGAGUAGCAUCCUGUCCCGUGGUACUACAACCGAGAUCCUCAUUCUACAGCAGCAAGUAGAAGACAGGUUACAGGAGCUUCUGCUGCCAUAUGGUGGAGGUGAUAUCCCACAACACCUCAGCCUACAACUACAGACCAACAAUGAUGUUGAUAGAGAAUCUGAUGACCUGUUCAAAACCUCGGCAGGGAUACAGUACCUGGUGGUGGAUUAUGAAAACAACAUAGUGUGCAGAUUCAGCUCAGAUGGACAACUCCUUGUGCAGCAAUCCAAGGCUGGUAGCAGGUCAAACAGACCCUGUGCAAAAUUCACAUCAAGUGAUGGUGAGUUUCUCCAGUUCUUAGCAACUAAAGAGGACAGGCUGCAGCAUCCACUUGGUUUAACUAUCAACCAUGAUGAUGACUUAGCAGUGUCUCAGAGCGGAGGGAAGGUCACAGUAUUUAGGUACAUGGUUUCAGACUAG